AUGAGCAACAAUCAUCAGGAACAUUCCGUCGACGAGAUUUUCCGGGCACCCUCCCUGGCGGUCUCCUCGGUCCUGCACGGUGGUAUCCAUCACCCCCUGCUGCGAUCAUACCAGUCUUCUGGCCGGAACUUGGUCAAAUCCAUGUUCAUCUACCCUAUCUUCAUCACCGACGACCCGGACGCGGAGCAGGUCAUUUCCAGCCUGCCCGGGCAGAAGCGAUGGGGAGUGAAUAAGCUGGAAGGGUUCCUGGGACCGCUCGUCAAGAAGGGACUCAAGGGCGUCAUUCUCUUCGGGGUGCCUAUGAAGAUGGAGAAGGACGAGCGCGGUACACCGGCCGACGACCCCUCAACGCCCGUCAUCCAAGCGCUGAAGCUUCUGAGCCGUCUCUUCCCUCAGCUCCUCCUCGCUAUCGAUGUCUGCCUCUGCGAGUACACAUCAACAGGUCACUGCGGUAUCCUCUCACACCACCCCAAUCCCGCCCACUCUGGUGCGCCUACCCUGGACGCCGAAAAGUCCGCUCAGCGGAUCGCCGAGGUCGCUGUGGCAUAUGCCAAAGCUGGCGCCCAUGUGGUCGCACCUAGCGACAUGAUGGAUGGGCGGAUCCGAGCCAUCAAGCUGGGUCUGAUGCACGCGGGGUUGGCAAACCGGUGUGCUCUGAUGGCCUAUUCUGCCAAGUUUGCCAGCGGAUUGUACGGCCCGUUCAGGGAGGCUGCCGGGACCGGUACAUCGUUCGGAAACAGGAGAUGCUAUCAGUUCCCGCCAACAGCUAGGCAACUGGCUAGACGAGCUCUGCGCCGCGACGCAGAAGAAGGCGCCGACUUUGUCAUGGUCAAACCCGGACUGCCAUACCUCGACAUUAUUUCGGACGCGACGCAAGUCUGCCCCGACCUCCCCGUAGCUGUCUACCAAGUAAGCGGCGAGUUUGCCAUGAUUCACGCCGGAGCCGAAAAGGGGAUUUAUGGCUUGAAGGAGAUGGCGUUCGAGACGGUGGAGAGUAUGGUGCGGGCCGGAGCUAGCAUCAUCUUGUCGUACUUCACUCCGGACUUCUUGGAUUGGUUGGAUGAGGAGCGCUCGUUUUAA